GCUGCAGUCAGACACUCAGAGGGAAUUGGCUCUCCUUUUGAAGUCUGCUCAUCUUAAGUUUUUUGUUUCAGUUCUGCUCAAGAGUUGACAAUGGCAAGUGGAAAGAAGACAAUGUCCGUUUCAAGCUACACCAGCGGCGGCUCCAGGAGGUCCUACGCUCCAGCGUCCAGUGGCUACUCCGUGACAAAAAGAACCAGCUAUGGUGUUGGUUCUGGUGUUCCUAGUUUUAGUUCAGCUUCAAUGGGAGGUGGUAGUUAUGGUUUUGGUUCUAGUUAUGGUUCUGGUUCUGGCCAAGGUGGUUUCAUCCACCCACAGAUCACAGCUGUCCAAACCAACCAGAGCCUGCUGGCGCCACUGAACCUGGAGAUUGACCCCAACAUCCAGGCUGUCCGCACCCAGGAGAAGGAGCAGAUCAAGACCCUCAACAACCGCUUUGCCUCCUUCAUCGACAAGGUCCGUUUCUUGGAGCAGCAGAACAAGAUGCUGGAGACCAAAUGGAGCCUCCUGCAGGACCAGACCACCACCCGCUCCAACAUCGACGGCAUGUUCGAGGCCUACAUCUCUAACCUGCGCAGACAGCUCGAUGGGCUGGGCAAUGAGAAAGUCAAGCUGGAGGGAGAGCUCAGGAACAUGCAGGGCCUGGUUGAGGACUUCAAGAGGAAGUAUGAGGAAGAAAUCAACAAACGUGCAGCUGCAGAGAACGAGUUUGUGCUCCUGAAGAAGGACGUUGAUGCUGCCUACAUGAACAAGGUGGAGCUGGAGGCCAGAGCUGAUGCUCUUCAGGAUGAGAUCAACUUCCUCAGGGCUGUCUAUGAGGCUGAGCUUCGUGAGCUGCAGGGCCAGAUCAAGGACACCUCCGUCAUUGUGGAGAUGGACAACAGCCGUAAUCUCGACAUGGAUUCCAUUGUGGCUGAAGUGCGUGCUCAGUACGAGGAUAUUGCCAACCGCAGCAGGGCUGAAGCAGAGACCUGGUACAAACAGAAGUAUGAGGAGAUGCAGUCCUCAGCUGGACAGUAUGGUGAAGACCUGCGCUCAACCAAGGCUGAGAUUAGUGAGCUGAACCGCAUGAUCGCCCGUCUUCAGAAUGAGAUUGAGGCUGUCAAAGGACAGAGGGCAAACCUUGAGGCUCAGAUCGCAGAGGCUGAGGAGCGUGGGGAGCUGGCAGUGAAGGAUGCCAAGCUCCGCAUCAGGGAUCUGGAGGACGCUCUGCAGAGAGCCAAGCAGGACAUGGCCCGCCAGGUGCGCGAAUACCAGGAGCUGAUGAACGUCAAGUUGGCCCUGGACAUCGAAAUCGCCACAUACAGGAAACUGCUGGAAGGAGAGGAGAGCAGAAUUGCCAGCGGAGGCUCCAAUGCAACCAUUCAUGUGCAGCAGAGCUCUGGAGGAUACUCCAGCUCCGCCUCCGGCGGUGGAUAUGGUGGUGGUUAUGCCAGUGGUGGUUUUAGCAGCGGCGGUGGUGGUGGUGGUGGUUAUGGCAGUAGCACUAUCACCAAGUCCACAGUCUCAUCAUCCAGUACCAGGAGAUAUUAAAAAGGAGAGCCAUCCCUCUUUCCCUUCAGAAACUUCAGAAAAUAAUCUUAAGCUGUGUUCCUUCAGGGUGCUAUCCAAUACUGUUCUGCAAGAGUAAUGAACAUCCCAAAAUCUGAUUCCUUAAAAUGUCAGACCAAAAAUAAAAUAAGAUAAAAUAACACAUGAGAUUGUGUCACACUGCCACCAUGUGUUUAAGGGAUCACUUGCUGUUUUUCUUACUAUUUACUUCAGUAUGAUUUGAGUUUCUGAAGGUAAACAUGGCCUCAAAUACACAAGGGCCAGGUCAGUUAGCAUGACAAAUUGGUUUUAUUUCUGCACUGACUUCCAAGAAAUAAGAAAAAAAGGUAAAAAUAAAUGUUAAAACUAAGCAAGGAAAGUAUAAAGUACAGCGAAAAAUCAGAACUCUAUAACGUUUGUCAACUUAGAUCAUCUUAAUACUGUAUUACAAUGAUAAACUGCUCUGAAACAGGAUCCUGGUGCUGAGAUAGACAGAUUAUAUUUUUAUACCCCUGUUCUCAGUUGAUGAUUCCUACAUUUGAGUUUUGAUAUUAGUAAAAAAAAAAAAAGAGCAAGUCACUGACCAAAUUUGAUCAUUGGAGAAUACAAGAAUUAUACAUUUGUGUGACGUUACAUGUUUACAUUUAUACUUUGAACUGUUUGGUUACUGGCUUGUUCAAUUUUACUGUUGUCUCACAUGUUUCCCUGCCUAGUUUUGCCUUUGAUUGCCUUCAAACUAAAACUAUGUUGAAACCAGAUUUAUUUUGUGAAAGCCUUUCGGAGCAACAUGACUGACAAAAUGUUGCAGCCAAUGAUAUCAAAUGAAUCUGAACAAAAUAAAUCUGAGAACCAA